UUCACGACAACGACGAAGAAGAAGGAGCUUGGGGCCAUAACAUCGUUGGAGCCCUUCUGCAGCCUGUGAUGGAAGGAGUCCUCCAGAUGAGGGGUUGUCAGGAUGAACUUGAAGAGAAACAGGAUAAGAGUCUAAAGAUUCCGAACCUAUGGUGAAGAGAAAGGCGACACGUCUGCUCUUCUUGGCAAAACCUUUUAUGGAGUUGGAGCCGAAGCACCGCCAGCUUUGAUUUCGAAACACGAAUGUCCCGGAGACUCGCGCUUGUAAUUGCGUGGAGUUUCGCGUUUGUAGUUGGCAGAAAUUCUUUCUCGAACGUUUCGGGAUGCCCAGCUGCCUUGUGCAGCGCUGCAGAUCUCGUUCUCUGAAUAAGGAUCCCGGAGUUCCGUUUCAUGCGUUUCCGAAAUAUCAGGAACAACAAGCGAAAUGGAUUGAGGCCUUCGGAAAAGAUGUGGACUGGAUUCCGCCGAACUGGGCCAGAGUUUGCUCGAAGCUCUUUCGUCCCGAGGACCUCGACCGAACGUCAACAUCUUUUGUUCGUCUUCGUCCAGGCGCAGUUCCAACUGUCUUCUUACAGGGUCCGGAAUCCACUAGCACGGCCCCUGUGGAGGAAGAGUUUUCACUACAGCCGGCAGCUCUCCCAUCAUCAUCGGCACUUUUUCAGACACAGGAACAGGACAGAAAGACAGAAGUCAUUCAAUUUUGCUUCACCACAACAGGCCUUGUCCUCUUGACGUCUCUCGGCUGCUGUGGGACCGUCUUGUCAGUAUGGAUGUGGACGAGCCAGAAGAGGACAGUGGUGGUUCAUCUUCUACUGAGUGCCCAACCAGACCUUCCUGCAGCGAAAUCUGACAGGCUGAGGCAAUGUCCAGCAGCACUUCCCUGUUUGCGCCUUCUACGAGCGCACAAUCAUCACGAGUCUUGGAUAAGGCAGUACAGGAUGGAGACACCAAAGAUGAUACCGCCAGUUUCGACGGAGAUUCCGCUUGUGAGUCGUUCCUGCCACCUGAACUGUUGGAUCAUGCCAUCGGAGGCUACGAAGAGCACAUUGCCGACGUCAAACAACGUGUCACCGUACCAGGACUUGCAACAAACAUGCUUCAUACACGAGUAAUUUCGGAAAACAGCCUCUUCGCAAACUUACCGCUUGCCGUGCGACCCAUCGCGUGCGAACACGUUGAAGAAGUUGGAGACAUACGGCAUGACAUCGCUGACAACAUGAAGUCGCCACUCCCCAUUCGUGAAGAUGCCCUUCGAGAAUGCAGUCCUACAAGAUUUACAGCGGUGCCGAUUAUGCGUCCAGCACUCUGCGAAGUCACGGUGAACGUUAGUGUUCUGAACACCGAAGCUGUGCGUGACGUCAGACUAGAAAAACAGUCGCCCUGCAUGGUGCGACCUGAACCAGAAGUUCCGUUCGUCCCUGAUUUACCGCGUACAAGCGGGAUGCAGAACAUCGUCUCGGACCUCAAGAACUCUCUCGUGCUUCGAGUCCGGGAGAGAACACCCUUGAACAACGGCAGCAGCAUCGUCACGAAUUCUUCUUCGGAGCAAACAGAUGAAGCCCCUAAGGAUCCGAAUUCCAAGUUGGGCAAUUGGAAUACUGCAGAGGUGGAAAAACACGUUCCUAACAGUCAGACGCGGACGGACCACGUGCUCAAUGUCUGCGAAUCGACGCAGCCUGGACUGUUGCAGACUGGAAUUGGCUUCCAGGAACUUCUCUCUGCGUCCGUCGGCGUUGUGUUCUUUGUGAUCUACGCCUACUUAUGCUUUGUGCUCGCGUUGUACACGAAGGAUUUUUACGAGCGUGAGUUCCAGGACGUGCUCGAGUUUUUGUGAAAGGUAGACAACUGAACUUCAAUAUGUUCGAAAGUUACCAAAGUGGCUAGGCGUCCGGAUUCAAAUUCUGUUAAAAGCCUCUUUGCGUGCGA